CAAGGUGCACUCUUUGUAUUGGCUUGGCUUUAGCCUAUCAUUCUGAAAGGUUGUGAACAUCAAGUGUGGGAAAUUACAAGCAGCAGCAUCAAUGCGAACUCACGCCCGGCUACGGUAAUCGUGCCUAGCUGCAUGAGAAUCAAGCACCUGGCAGCCAUACAAAAUAUCCGCAACUUUCCUUCCUGCAAAAACUAACGUACCAAAUAUAUUUACGAACCCGAAGGUUUGGGUGCUUCCCUUUUGCAUUUUUCAUGAUUUAAACUUUUCGUCACGCAAGAAUAUGUCUAAGUGUCAGGAAUCUGAAGAAUGUACUGGCCCCUCAACUGCCCUUCAACCACAACAUGAAGAGAAUACUGAGGCACAGCUCGGUUGCAAGUCCCCAGGUGCAAGUCUAGAUGCAGAUUUACGCCGUGAGUCCGAGGCACAAUCACCAGUAACUCCUGAGUCAAAUGACAGGUUAGUUCCAACCGCUUUGUUAAAACAGCUUCGGGAAAACUUACUUCAUACCUAGAUCAUCGUCAAAGUCUUUGACAAGCAGUGUUGUGGAUUUUCCCGAAGAAAAUGGUAGAACAUACCAUGGCUACCGUCCAGGAAGUACUGAUAAUCCAAUUUUGCUUUCCUUGUCAAUAACUAAUUGGCCUUCUAGCGUAUCAUUUUCCAAAUGACGCCAAUGAACAAGACAGGCUUGAAGCACAAUUCGAUAUGCUAAAAUCUGCUUUCUCAGGCCGCAAUUACUUUGCACCUUUGUCCAAUCCUCGUUAUAUCCUCGAUAUCGGUACUGGGACAGGUCAAUGGGCAAUUCAAAUGGGCGAUGCCUUUCCAAAGGCCGAGGUUCAGGCGACUGACCUCUCUCCAAUCCAACCAGUAUCAGUCCCAGAAAAUGUCCAUUUCUAUAUAGAUGACGCUAGCGACGACGAUUGGAUUUUGCCACCUAAUCAUUUUGACUAUAUUCAUACUCGGGUGUUGUUAGGAUGCUUUAAGGACUUCGAUGCCAUCAUCAAGAGAGCUUUUCAUUACACGAAACCCGGAGGUUAUAUGGAGAGCCAGGAAAUCAUGUUCACUCCCUAUUGUGACGAUGAAUCAAUGCCGGAUAACUGGCCGUUCUUGGAAUGGGUUGGAUAUGUCGACAAAGCUGCAACAAAAGCCGGCAGAUCAAUGAAUAUUGCCAGUAGUCUCAAGACUUGGUACGAAGCAGCAGGAUUUGUAGACGUACAGGAAAAGAUCUACAAAUUGCCGGUUAAUCCUUGGUCUGAAGACGAGCAUCUGCAAAAGCUUGGUCAGAUGUCUGAAGAGAAUUGGCUUGCAUGUUUGUCAAGUUUCAGUAUGGCUUUAUUUUCUCGAAUCCUAGAUUGGAAACAAGAACAGAUUGAGGUUAGUUCUACGAAACUCAAAUUUCCCACAUUUUUAGUUUAUUAGCUGAUGGAAAAUACUAAAUAGGUCUAUUUGGUGAAUGUUCGGAAAUCCAUCCCGAAUCGAAGUAUCCACGCUUAUCAUAAGAUAUAUGUUGUAUGGGGUAGAAAACCCGAAGAAAAGGAGGAAAAAUCGCCUAGCAAUAUUUCUUCUAAUCAGACACCUUCCGAAAUUAUUCCGGUUCGACCUGAGCCUGAGAAAGGUGUCACUUAGAACGUCGAUGGUAGUUCAGUCAGAUAAACUACAAUUAUUUUUGAAAGCUGGAGUUGUUGCAUAUUGGCUACCUAGCUGGCAUAUAAAUAUGGAUUAACGUAGUCAUGUUAUGUAUGGCAAAGAGGGAUCAACAUCUCUUCAAUCAAAUUUCACGGAUGAAACUCACUUCCUCUAUUUGCACGAAUAAGACACAAAUCUGUAUGUAUAAUCCUACAUCGAGAAAUAUCCCAAUCCACACUGGCCUUGCUUUUAAACACAUCCAUCAAACAUCAAAUAUCAAUAGAUUGAGAUAGAGUAUUAGAUUUGUUGCCUGACCGAGCAUUGAUUAACUUCCACAUA